UCAAAAGGAAAAGAUAUCACCGAUAUCGUUUCCGUGCGCUCCUUUAUUCUGUAGUGGCUGUUCCGCAGAGGUUGACCCUUUGCCUCUGCUACUGCACAAGCUAGGCUCAGGCUCAGGCUCUGUCUCGCGGUCUCGGAUUGCCAUUGGACUUUUGUUGGUGGAUUGCAAACCUACUAACGAAGCCAGGUUCACUGAACUUCGUUCGAAAGUGGGCUGCACCGAGUUCCCUCCUUUUGUCUUCUGUGAUUUAAGCUUCUGAAUUGGCAAUUAAAUUAUUGCGUUUAUCUUCUGGCUUGUACCAAGCCCGCUCCGACGCCAUGGCUGCUGCGGUAGAUGCCAGUUUCACCUCCCCGGCUGCGAAUGCAGACAUGGGGAGCUCAGUAACCAACUCGUCCGGCAUUGUCGGAACAAUCUUGGAGGGAAUGAACGGAUGGACCAUUGCCAUCACGCUGUUUGCGAUGCUUGUUAUUUAUGAUCAACUCAAGUACAUCUAUAACAAAGGCACUAUUGCUGGACCAUCUUUCAAGAUUCCUUUCAUGGGCCCGUUCCUGCAGUCCGUAAACCCGAAAAUGGAAGAGUACAUUGCGAAAUGGAACAGUGGUGCGCUCAGUUGCGUUUCUGUCUUCCACAAAUUCGUCGUCAUUGCAUCCACUCGCGACAUGGCCCGCAAAGUCUUUAACUCGCCGAGCUUCGUCAAGCCCUGCGUCGUCGACAUUGCGCACAAGCUUUUGCGACCGACCAAUUGGGUCUUCAUGGAUGGCAAGGCUCACGUCGAAUAUCGCAAGGGAUUGAACGGUCUGUUCACUCGCAAGGCUCUGGAGCUGUACCUCCCCGGCCAAGAGGAGGUCUACGAUCAAUAUUUUGCCCGUUUCGUUGAACUUUCUCGCGAGAACGCCGGUAAGCCCGCGCCUUUCAUGGCUGAAUUCCGCGAGGCCAUGUGCGCCGUCUCGUGCCGUACUUUUGUAGGCCACUACAUGCCCGAUGAAGCGAUCAAGAAGGUUGCCGACGACUACUAUAUGAUCACUGCCGCUCUCGAGCUCGUCAACUUCCCCGUGAUUCUGCCCUUCACCAAGCCCUGGUACGGCAAAAAGGCGGCCGACAUGGUUCUGGAUGAAUUUGCCAAGUGCGCUGCCAAGAGUAAAGUUCGAAUGGCUGCAGGCGGUGAUGUCACUUGCAUUUUGGACGGCUGGGUCAAGUCGAUGAUUGAAUCUAAGAUUUACCGCGAAAAGGUCGAAAAGGGAAUUGAGGUGCCUAGCGAGGAAAAGCCGUCGAUGGUUCUCCGUGACUUUACCGACUUUGAAAUCUCUCAGACGCUGUUCACCUUCCUUUUCGCCUCCCAAGAUGCUACCAGCAGUGCCUGCACCUGGCUCUUCCAAGUCAUGGCUGACCGCCCCGAGGUUCUCGACAAGGUGCGCGAGGAGAAUUUGGCCGUCCGAAAUGGCGACCGAAGCAAGCGUUUUGACAUGGACAUGCUUGACAGAAUGGCAUACACUCGUGCUGUCGUCAAGGAGAUUUUGCGAUACCGUCCUCCUGUGAUCAUGGUCCCCUACAUUGCCAAGCAGGACUUCCCCGUCACCGAAAACUACACCGUUCCCAAAGGCUCAAUGGUCAUUCCUUCUGUCUACCCUGCGCUCCAUGACCCCGAGGUUUAUCCCGAGCCUGAUACGUUUGACCCCGAACGUUGGAUUACCGGCGACGCCGAGAAGCAGGCCAAGAAUUGGCUGGUCUUUGGCACUGGACCCCACUACUGCCUUGGACAGACCUACGCUCAGUUGAACCUGAUGGCCAUGAUUGGAAAGGCUAGUAUCGAGUUGGACUGGCAGCACCAAAUCACCCCGCUUUCCGAGAAGAUCAAGGUCUUUGCCACAAUCUUCCCCCAGGAUGAUUGCCCCUUGGUUUUCUCUAAGCGCCCUUAAGCCUCACCGCUGUAGGGUUUAUUUGUCAAAAAAAGAAAAAAAUCUCGAAGUUCGCCCUUGGUAGCUUAUUGCCCAGGUUCCUCUUCGGACUUCUAGUACUUGUCAAAAGUCAAGUCAUGCCAAAAGCGAUUUCUUGCCCUAGCCAUUCAUCACUGUUACUCAAAGUCAAGUUCUUUAGCGUGUCAUAGAGGGAAAAGACGGUCCUUUAUGCGGUCGUUUUAUAGAUCCCUAUGCUCUUAUUGACGAGGCGCACUGCAGUUUGCUGGCUUUUGUGUAAUUUGUUCCCGUUAGCGGUCAAAGAUAUGCUCUAAUGUGGUGGUGUGGCUUACGGUAAUGGAUGAAACGGAGGGAAUUGACUGGUUACAAGGGAUGGCCAAACCGGUUCUUCCACGAUUGAGGAAGUAAUACUCAUAGAGUUUAUAUUAAUAAUUGCCUCUACUUCCAUGUAGAGGCCCGCCUAGUUAAUAAUUAU